CCUUCUUAUCCCUUCGCUUUCUCUCUAUCCAUCAUAUGUGGGACCCACUGUUAUUAUUGUGAUUUCCAAAUUCCUCCCCGCUCUUUCCUUCUCGAACCCACGAUCUCUCUUUCCUCCUCUCUCCCCCCACCUCUCCCUCCUCCUCGAACUCAUCCUCUAUUAUUUACUCUCGCCUCCGAAACUUCUAGAAGCAACAAAAAAACCUACCACCACCUCCCUCCCUCCGCUCUCUUGCCGCAACCGCUGCUUCCGGUCGUUUCUGGUUCAACUGCUUAAGACUGCGUUUCUUCUUUCCUCGUCGGUGGGUGACGAGUUUUCAGAGCCUUAACUCACCUAUCUCUGUCAAGAAUAGUGCAGCUGAUUAUAAGGAACAUGGAUUAGGCUUAUUCAGUUGGAGGAUAGUUAUGAAGGUACGAGAAGCCUGAGCUUCAGAUCUGAAGUCGAGCUCAUGGCGCCAUUGCCGGUGGAGCAGACCGGUGAAUCAGCACUGACUGACUCACAGAGAUCUAUGCCGACGCCGUUUCUAACGAAGACCUACCAACUUGUGGAUGACCCCUCUGUGGAUGACCUGAUUUCCUGGAAUGAAGAUGGAACCAGUUUCAUAGUUUGGCGACCCGCUGAAUUCGCUCGAGAUUUACUUCCAAAGUAUUUCAAACACAAUAACUUCUCCAGUUUCGUCCGUCAACUAAAUACCUAUGGAUUUCGGAAGGUUGUUCCCGAUCGUUGGGAAUUCGCUAAUGACUGUUUCCGGCGAGGCGAGAGAAGCCUGCUUCGAGACAUUCAACGGCGGAAAAUAUCGGCGUGUACGUCUGCCGUAGCUGCGGCCAGUACAGUGACGGUGGCUGCAGCACCUUCCGCCGUCGUAGGGGUGUCUCCGACCAACUCCGGUGACGAGCAGGUAAUCUCUUCGAACACAUCUCCGAUUGCCGCACAUAAUACAGUGCAGCUCACCACAAGUUGCACCACUGCACCCGAGCUCUUAGAAGAGAAUAAAAAGCUUAGGAAAGAGAACAUGCAAUUGAGUAAUGAAUUGAGUCAAUUGAAGGGGCUCUGUAAUAACAUACUGACAUUGAUGACGAAUUAUGCUUCAAGCCAAUUAGAGUCCAGUAGUGCCGCUGAAGGAAAACCAUUGGAGCUUUUACCCGCGACGCAGCUUUCGGCUGAGGAAGCCAUCGUAGGAGGCGGCGCUUCGCAGGAGACGAAAGUUACCGAAGCGGAGGUGCCCAAAUUGUUUGGGGUUUCAAUUGGGGCAAAACGACAUCGGAGUUCAGAGGGCGAGGAGGCAGAAAAGGAAGAACAAAAUCAAACACAGUUGUCCCAAGAACCCGACGGUGGCUCCGAUGUAAAAACAGAGCCGCUAGAUGGUAGUAACUCCGAUGAUCAGGAGACGCCCUGGUUGGAGCUUGGGAAACAAUAGCCAAUAAGUUGUUAAUUCGUUUGAUGGCUCUGCGUCUCGGGCUGCCAUGUUCGGAUGCUGUCACGUGCGAAAGGCUGGGACGCACGUGAUUUGAAGCCCCAUCUUCUUCCCAAAUGUUGCAGCACAGUUAAGACUAGAAAUAGUCAUCGAAGCGGGAAGGAUAAGCACUAAGAAAGCGAUGCUUCAUUUUGGGUGCGGAAAGUGAAAAGUUACGAAGGGAAAAGGAAUGUCAUUUUGAUGGUGAAAAAAUGAUUAGCAAAUGACAGUGGAAAAAUGACGAAUCACGAUGAGACGUGGACGGAGCAACGUGAUGUGAUUAUUCAAACCGGAUGCGAUUUCGAUUGGAUUUAAGUGUAUUUCACGCUUCCAUUAUUUAGAUUUUGCACCUUCUUCGUUCCUUCCUUCGGUUGCGAUGCUAUGAUUUUCUGACAUCAUAUCAGCCUAGCAUGUGUAUACUCGCAUAAAUUUCUACUAAUAUUUGCAAACUUUGCAACUAA